GGAGGUCCAUAAUCUUGUCGGAGGGCUCGUGGCUGUGGACGUACAGAGAGCACCGGCCGGCGCAAGGGGUAGGUGUAGUGAGAGCCUACUUGUAUUUAGGACCGGAUGCGAUCAGGGAUACUAUAGUGGGUCUCCUGAUGACAGGGACUAGUGACACGGUUAGCAGCGCGCUACACUACCUAGAGGAGGAGGUAGCUGCCUUCCGAGCGGAGGACUCGAGCGACCCGUUGACCCUAUUUCACGGGCGUCCUCCUCUUGAUAUCUCGGGCGAGUUGGUGGUAGCACGCGACGGGUUUUUCCCAUACAGCGUUAGAAGCCUGAGAGCGAUAGUUCCGGCAUUCGUGGUGGAGAGCGUCUUUGGAGGAAUUGGUGGAGUAGUAGAGACAUACCUGGCCUAUCAGGAUCUCAAGAUCCUUGCGAGGAGCACUACUGAUCUAAGCUACAUCUAUUAUUCACUUGCUACCGGAGGACCUCGUUGGGGAGAUGAGAGGGUUCAACUUAUAGAGCUGAUCCGCUCGAUAGACUACGAGUGGCCCCAGUCUCCAUCUGUUUGGGAUUGGCUAGACCGUGAGCUCCGAGCAGGACCCGAGUACGUGACCUGCAUCGGGCGGCUUUUCUCAGACGACUGGGAGAGCUGGUGGGGUGAGAACACCGAGCGACCUCUGAUAUACGGCCACCAGUUGGCCCAAUACUACCAAGGUAUAGGACAGGCCCCAUACAGCGUCGGGGACGAGUUUGACGACGAAGGAUGGGAGCGAGAGGACGACGAGGACGCCUGGGGGCCGGACUGGGUUGACCCGGAAAACGAGAUUGACGAGGAGGAGAUUGACGUUACAGAUGCUCAUUUCCCUGGGAUAGGAGUAACAGUCCUGGCGUAGGCAACAGAGGAGCACAUUAGGACGGCGGUAGAGAGAGCGUUAGCUACUGAUAUCCUAGAGUAGUGGAGAGUAUGGCAGACCGGGAUAUAUUGAGGGUGACUCUUUCCCUACGACAAGAUAGGACAGGAGGUUGGGAGGAUGAAGCGCUAUGAAAUGUUGAGCGACAGGUCAGACUCAUGACAGAGCAUGCCCUGAAG